AUCUUCAAACAUCCAAAUGUUGACCUUUUUGUUUAAUCUUCACAUUCAAUGAAUGGAUGAAAGGCACACGGAAGUCUAAUUGAUCUAUUUACCUGUAUGGCUUUUCUACACUAGUCUCAAAAUCUGCCCAUUCGAGAGUAAGUUCCCUCGAGAACACCUCUACAAAAAUAUUUGCGCAAACUUUCGAGGACGGCUUUUCUUUCAAACAAGCUCGGUAACAAUGCCAAGGACUAGACUACAAGAAGCAGGUAAGAGUAUUCCAUAAUAAUUAUGCAAUUACAUCUAACUAUUUAUUAUUAGCGGCAGCGAAGCGCGGGGAUGCUGAAUCGACAAACCUCGUUAAUGACAUUAUCCAUAGUAAGCGCGAUCAAAGAAGGGUGAAGGUCGCACUUAAGCAGGCUCCACCCUUCAGCCGCCAUCGACAGCCCGUGUCAGUCGAACAAGAAUCAGAUGCAGAUUUUGAGGAAGAAGAGAGUGUUGAAGAGGAAGAGGAAGGGGAUAUUGAAGAAGCAUUGAAUGCACAGCUACUUGCGAAUCAAUCCGGAUUAGAGCCCGAAGACAUGACGGACGAACUCGAAAAUCACCAGCGAAAAUCCCUCUCCGCGAGAAAAACUACGGAGAAGCAUCCUCAGAAACAACUUCGCCGACCAACUAGGAAAGGAAAAGGAACAGCUGAAGAUGUCCCAGAACCUCCACAUGUUUCGCCACGGAAGCGCAAACGAGAUGACGAUAUUCUUGAUUAUGGUGUUGCUGAAGACCAGGGUGGUGCUCAAGGCAAUCAUAAACUCACGCCCUCCAAGCGAGCAAGUAAAAGGCCAAUGACGAAGGGCAUCCCCAAACAGAAAGCAUAUACCAUAGUCCCUAAAAGAGGUAGGGGUCGCCCCCGCAAGAAUUUGGUCUAUAGGGAACCGACUCCUCAAAAUGAGCCUAUGGCUCCGGCGAACAACGAAUCGGAUGAGGAGGCUGAAGAUUCAGAUGCAACAUUUCCCGAACCGGCAAAUGUUAGCAAAAGCGUUCGUAAAAACGCUCGGCGAGCUGAAGAAGUCGACGAGGGAGAGGGGGAGGGAGAUGAAGAGGAAGGUGGUGCCUUGAAUGGUCCUACAAGUGCUCAGCAAAGGGGAAAAGAUGACAAUGAGGACGAAGAAGAAGACGGUGAUGAGGACGGCAUAACAGGCGUGAUCAUGAGUCAAAGUCCUGUCAAAAGUCCAGCAAAAGCAAAACCUCCGGCUUCUAGGAAACAACACUUAAGGAACGCAGAGAAUGCGAGGAAAAUUAGCAGUAACCAUGCGAAUGGUAUCCGUAACAACAGGAUUCAGUCUUCACCCCGCUCAAGACGCAGAGAGGAGAUACCCGCAGAAGUCGGAGAGGACUUGAGACAAGCAGCUGAAGAUAUUGCCGAGGAAGCUGGAGAGGAAGCCAAUGAUGGUACGGAUUUUGGGGAAGAAUCUUAUCGACAGCUUAGCCGAAAGCUUACCCUUUGGAAAGGGAUUAUUGGCCUCGAUUUUUUCCGAAAUGUUGAAAGGAUAUCGAAACGCAUUGGUUGCAAAGAAGCUAAUGGCCUAUGGGAAACAGUAACACCUGGGGAUCGCGGCGUUAAAACGAAAUCGGGUGAGAGGAUCCAAAGAUCUUUAGAGGAGCUUCGAGAACAUUAUCGAGAUCUUAAAUAUGCGAUAGAUGAGAAGAAUGAUGUUGAUCAAAUUCAAGCGAAUUUGGACAUUGAUCAGAAUAUUGAUGCCUUGAAGAACAGGAUAAACAAUUUGUUACAGCCUUUGCAUGGAGGUGUUGUUGAACAUUAUGAGAAUCGACGACGUGAAUUUUUGAUGGAUCUUUACUUUGUUCUCAUUCGCAAAUUCCUCAAAGUCUUAAAUACCGCCAUUCUUACGUAUGGGAGCUACGAACCGUUAUCAAAGAAAGAUUUAUCAGUGGUGAUUGAGAUCACUAAAAUAAUCCUUGAGCUUUUUGAUAAUCUUGACAGACAGAACAAGGAAUUCCAGCCCGUGGAUCGCGGUCAGACGAAGCAACCAUUGAGAGAACUUCGCCCUCUUUUGCGAGAUGAAUUAUUGAAAAAUUGUCGGCAGAGGCUCGUCGAAAGAGAAGAGGCGGAAAUGCGAGAGAAGCUCCUUGCAAGUACCCAAGAAAAAAUACGUGCUGAACAAGAAGAAGAUGAGACGCGAAAGGUUGAAAAUGAAGAGAAAGAUCGAGAGAUUAGAGCAUAUAAUAAAGGUGUUGAAAGGCGCAUGAUGAAUGAUCCAGAGAUAUAUCGUUUGAUUAAACUUGAGAUGAAAAGGAAUGAGUACAGAAAACUUCCACAAGCUGAAAGGAUCAGACGUGAGCUAGAAGCGGAACGUGCCAAAAGGCCGACGAGACCUAUGCAACAAAUUACACAAGGAGAACGAGAGGAAUCUAUUGCCAUUUCACAUAGAAGUCAAAGAAUCGAUGACUGGGAUGAUCAACGGAAUGAUCCAUUCUUAGAAGAUUACGCCCCUCCCCACGACGCCAAUAGGUAGGCGACUAUUCAAUUCUAUUCCAUUUCUUUUCUCUAAAAAAAAAUUACAGCAACAGCAUUUUUUCGCAAUUCCAAAGAAGAGAUUCCACAUCUCCAUCUCCCUUACCGGAACCAGAACCAGAACCAGAACCGGAACCAGAACCAGAACCAGAGCCAGAGCCAGAGCCAGAGCCAGAGCCAGAACCGCCAGAAGCACCACCUAGCUUUGAUGAUGUCCCUGAUGAGGAGAAAGAAAGAUUCUAUGCUUACUUUAGAGCAAAGUACGAAUAUGAAAAGCAUGGUUUGGAAGAUAAAGACUUCUGGAAUCGUUUACGAGCAGAUUUAGAUGGUGGCAGAUAUACAUUAGAUGAGAUUUGGGAAUUUGCGAAAGAGCUCCAGGCGAGUCUAGAUGAUGCACAUGAAAAUAGGGAAUUGGAUGGGGAUGAAUAUUUAUGGACAUAUCAUGUUUGGGAUUGGGAAAGGGAGUAGUGGAUAAAUGUUUUUGGAGUGACGAAGCUUGUACUCCGUAAUGUUGUGAUGGGAUACUCGAAUUCGUCACGGGAUUGCAUAUGAAGGGAUGGGAUGCGAUGGAUGGCGUAUAUGGCGCAGGCGCAAAUUGCCAGUUGGUUUUUGUUUUCAUACGAUGAUACCCAAUACUGUAUAGGUAUUUGAUGUUAUAUUAAUAUAGGUUACCUUUGUUAAAUUUGAUAUAAUAUCAUGCAUGUACCUAGGUAUCUGGUUAGAUAUGCUCUAGUUUUCUGCGGUAAGAUUAUUACAACCGUAGGACUGGUGGACUUAGUUUAGCCAGACAACGAAUUUCUCGU